AGUGAAAUCUACUGUUAUUUAGAUAGUGGAAUACAGGGUGUAUUUAUCAUUUCUUUAAUUCUAAUGUUUUCUUUCCCAUCCUUUCUACAAGUUCGAUCGCUGCUCAACACCAACAUCUCCUCUUCCUCUACUCUUCCUCUCCCAAACUCCUUCAAGUUUUCUACUAGAAUGGCUCGAUCUGCAUUGGAUGAAUUGUCUGAAUCUGGUGCAUUUGCAAGAACUGCUUCUACAUUUCGUAACAUCAUUUCGAGAGAUUCGAACUCCGAGUUCCCAGUUGAAUCUGGGAGGUAUCAUCUGUACAUAUCAUAUGCAUGUCCUUGGGCUUCUAGGUGCCUUGCAUACUUGAAAAUCAAAGGACUUGACAAAGCCAUCAGCUUUACAUCUGUCAACCCCAUAUGGGAAAGAACCAAGAAAAGUGAUGAACACAUGGGGUGGGUUUUCCCUGCUUCAGAGGCAGAUCUACCAGGAGCUGAACCUGACCCUUUUAAUGGAGCCAAAAGCAUCAGAGACCUUUACGAGCUUGCAAGUACAAACUAUAAUGGAAAAUUUACUGUUCCAGUUCUAUGGGAUAAGAAACUCAAGAGUGUUGUUAAUAAUGAGAGUUCAGAGAUAAUUCGUAUGUUUAAUACUGAGUUCAAUGCUAUAGCAGAGAAUCCUGAUAUGGACUUAUAUCCUCCACACUUGAGAGCCAAAAUUGAUGAGACCAAUGAAUGGAUAUAUGAUGCAAUAAAUAAUGGUGUGUAUAAAUGUGGGUUUGCAAGGAAGCAGGAACCUUAUGAUGAGGCUGUGACAAAGCUGUAUGAAGCUCUGGACAAAUGUGAGGAGAUACUUGACAAGCAUCGUUACAUAUGUGGGAACACUUUGACCGAAGCAGAUAUUCGAUUGUUUGUCACUUUAAUAAGAUUUGACGAGGUUUACGCGGUUCAUUUCAAAUGCAACAAGAAACUGCUACGUGAGUACCCGAAUUUAUUCAACUACACCAAAGAUAUAUACCAAGUUCCUGGAAUCAGUAGCACAGUCAAUAUGGAACACAUCAAGAGACAUUAUUAUGGAAGCCAUCCUACAAUAAACCCAUUUCGAAUCAUUCCUUCUGGACCCAAUAUCGACUAUUCUUCUCCUCACGGCAGAGAGAGGUUUUCUACUUAAUUUGUUGUGUAUGUGCUGGGCACCCUACAUUUGCUGUUUGUGCCCAGUUUUGCUGUGUUUUUGUUUCAAUUGUACCCCUCUCCAAAACUUCAUGUCUUGGUAGAAACUCUUGUUCGCUGUGUCUAAUAUGGUGUUCAUUAUUAAAAAUGUUUGGUUGCAUUUCUGUUAAAAGUCCUAUUGUUAAAGAUGGAGUUUAUUAGUUUCAA